AUGAAAAUAACGCUACACACGAAACGUAUUAUUCAUUCCCUUUUUUCUGUUUCAGGACCCAAUUUCAAGGAACCAAUUGCCAAUGUCACUGCACCAGUUGGAAGGGAAGCAAUUUUGUCUUGCUUGGUUCAAGAUUUAGGUGAAUACAAAGUGGCAUGGCUGCGCGUAGAUACUCAAACGAUAUUAACGAUAGCGAGUCACAUUAUCACGAAGAACCACCGAAUAACCGUUUCCCACAGCGAUCAUCAUACGUGGCUACUCCACAUACGAGAAGUGAAAGAAUCUGACAGGGGUUGGUACAUGUGUCAAAUUAACACGGAUCCAAUGAAGAGUCAAACUGGCUAUCUACAAGUAGUCGUUCCUCCAAACAUCCUGGACUAUUCAACGAGUACGGAUAUGGUGGUGGCUGAAGGUAGUAAAGUGACUUUGCACUGCGAAGCGACAGGAUCACCGGAACCUAGUAUCAUCUGGCGUCGCGAGGAUAACCAGUUAAUACUCUUGCCGAACGGAGAGGAAGCCACGAGUAUCGAAGGGCCAAAUUUCAAUAUCUCCAAAGUGAAUCGACUACACAUGGGCUUUUACCUCUGCAUCGCGUCCAAUGGCGUGCCACCGUCAGUCAGUAAAAGAAUAAUGCUCACUGUCCAGUUUCCGCCCAUGAUUUGGGUGCAGAAUCAAUUGGUGGGCGCUCAGGAGGGACAGCCGUUGACUCUGGAGUGCCUCUCCGAAGCUUAUCCCAAAUCCAUCAAUUAUUGGACAAGGGAUAAGGACGAAAUAGUUCCACAAGGAGGUAAAUACGAACCUAUACUACAAGACAAUGCGUACAAAGUUCACAUGAAGUUAACAAUAAGUUCUGUCAAUGCGUCGGAUUUUGGAUCGUACAAGUGCGUUUCCAGAAAUGCAUUAGGGGACACUGAUGGUACCAUCGAAGUUUAUCCGAUAAGGACUUCGAAUUCAAACGGUAGUAACACGAGCUAUAAAGGAAAAUUGAGGCACAAUUCGAGAAACGAUAUUUUUGAAGGGAAUCAAGAUAUGCUCAAAGAGAGAGACCUGAAGUUACGAGGGCGCAAAGAAACCAGCGGAAACGAAGAGGACGAUUACGACGAUUCCGGUGCGACGACGAGCGUGAACUCUUUCAGCUUGAUUCUCGCUUUGGUCACAUUCAUCGUUUACCUUCACCAUCAUCCGCAGUUAAGAACGCUGCAUCCGGCUUGAAAAUCGGCCCCCGCCAUCUCAGCACAUCAUCAUCGGAUCCUCCUUACGAUCGUGACCCACCAAAAAUUUGUAAAUCCAUUUAGACAUCUAUCCCUCAGGGACUCCAUACCGAGGAUAGAUUAAUCAUGUAACCGCGCUGACCACUCACACUUGUAUGAUAACACAUUA